AUGCCAGAGGAACUUAGGCAGUGGUUCUGGCGCGAGCUUGACACAAGCGAGUGCGCCCCUGUGAAACGCUUCUACCUUAAGCUGGAGGUUAUUGAGAAAAGUGAACUAAGCCCAUUUCUUCGUCUUCUUUGGAUGUGUCGCAUCAUUGUUGCUGACAGGCGUGUGGUAUGGGAGCACAUAUCUGAGUCAUUCACUGACUCUUUUCAGAAACCGGUUGACAUGUGGAACGAACAACUUGCUGUCAAGUUGCUGCGGGUUCGGCUGGAGGACAGUGUUGAUGAGCCCGCUGCUACAACCUUGAGGGUUGAACUUCACAAGCACGUUACUGCUGUAGUGAAGCCGCCACCGACGCAAGCACACCCACGUGCGGAGGCAAAAAAGCAGUGUCGUGACAGUGAAGAUUGCCCAUAUCUUAUCGUACCAGCGACUGAGGGGAAGGAAGGUCUAAUUGUUUGUAACGGAACACUUGAACCUUUUGGUGAACUCCUACGCGUAUCGCGUAAACGUAUGUUUUUUGUUGAUUCUGUGAAAGUUUUUUGUGACUUGGGUCGUGUCAUUCACGACUCGCCUGAACUUAGCGAUAUAAUUGGAGGAGAGGAACAACUUCUGGUGCUAGCUCUCAUCUACGAGCGCUUCGUGGCGCGCACUUCACACUGGAAGGAUCUGCUUCUUUCGUGCCCGACUGAUUUUCCAACGGUUCCGUCUUAUUGGAACUGGAACGACUUAUCUGGUCUUUAUGGUUUGGAUGUGUUGGAUGAUGUACUUGCGAAACAAGAGAGACUACGGCAAUUUCACACGGAAGUUACAAGCGUUCUACCACUAAUUUACGACGCACUUGAGGGCUGCUCAGGAAUUGAAAGAGAGGAAUUCAUGGGGCACUUCACCAUUGAAAACAUCAUGUGGGCUCGAGCGGUUUUCGACUCACGUGCUUUUAACCUUAACGUCGACGGGCGCGUCGUUCUGGCCCUAGUGCCCUGUGCAGAUAUGAUUAACCACAGUAAUCAUCCUGACGUGCUAAUACGGAGGGUGGAACCAUGUGGAGGGGAUUUUGUUAUGCAAGUUGGUGCAGGUUUAACGAGAGAAGAUGUGGGGCGAGAACUUGGAAUGAGCUAUGGCCCUUUGCAGAAUUGGGAGCUGCUGCAACAUUAUGGGUUUGUUCUCGAUGAUAACGAACACGACAAAUUACCGUUUCCCUUUGAUGUUCACGAGGCUGAUGGCGGAGAAUGUGCUCGCACUUCAGCUAUAGCUACUGAUGCUUCUCACACCCUGGAUAUUGAUAAGGAGUGGGAUAAGCGUAGGGCCAGUUUAGUUCAAAAGUACUCGCUUCAUCUCGCGGGUUCUUGUUGGAUAGGUUACAGUGGUAUACCGCCACCUGCCCUGAUUGCAUUGAUGCGUAUACACCUGGCACAGGCCGAGGAAUUUGCGAGUUUGGAGCGCCAUGGUCCCUUCACCAGAGUUAGCCACUGCACCGAACUGGAAAUCAUUGCGGUAAUUGCUGAAACAGUCCGUUGCAUAAUUGAACUUCCCACAGAUCCAGAUGGUGAUGUUGACCAUGCGGAAGGCUGUGAAGGAAGCGCCGGCUCCGAAGCACUAGCGGAGGAAGUCACCGACGAUAUCGUCACCAACACACGUAACGUAACCCUUUGUAAAGUACUUCGUAGGGGUCUGGAGCGCAUCGGUAACCGUUGUCUUGAGUGGUGCAGUGUGCGAGCCGCGGCCAUCGAAACAGAGAAAGUAAAGCAAGCCGUGUGA